AUGCCUGCACCUCCAAAACAGCGGAAGAUAGCUGUAGUCGGCAGCCGCUCAGUCGGUAGCAAGUCAUCCCUCACGGUCCGAUUCGUCGAUGGUCACUUUGUCGAGAGCUAUUACCCAACCAUCGAGAACACAUUCAGCAAGCUCAUCCGGGUCAAGAAUGGCCAGGAGUUUGCAACGGAGAUCAUAGACACAGCUGGACAAGACGAAUACAGCAUAUUAAACUCGAAACACUUCAUCGGCGUCCAUGGCUACCUCAUCGUAUAUUCAAUGGCGUCGAAGCAGUCAUAUGAAAUGGUUGGGCAUAUAAAGAAGAAGAUUCUGAACGAGCUGGGCGUCGACUGGAUCCCGAUCGUAGUCGUGGCAAACAAGAGGGACCUUCGACCGGAGCAGAAGGUACUGACCGAGAAAGAUGCAGAGUUUCUUGAGAAGAAGCUGGAGCUUGAGUGUCCGGUCAUAGAAUGCAGCGCACGGCUUGAUGAAAAUGUCAACAAGGCGUUUGAGCAACUCAUCAUGGUGAUAGAAAGGGGUCCCAAGAAGCCGGCCGAGCCUGCAGGAGGAGGGAAGUGCCUAACGAUGUGA